AUGCAGGCCAUCACAUUGGUCACACCAUUAGAGCUAGUUAAGAUAAGGCAGCAAACAGACCUGAAUAGACAAAAAUACCGCGGGAUGUUUUCUACUAUCGUAUCUAUCGUGAGAGAAGAGGGAAUACUGGCACUUUAUAAUGGAUUGUUGCCAACAAUUUUUAGACAAUCGUGGGGACUUGCUGUCAAAUUUACGGGAUAUAACACGUUCAAAGAUUUGUUCUCAACCUUAAAUAACGGUCAACCCUUGCUUCCAUGGCAGCAUGCAGCAUCAGGAUUUUCGGCAAACAUUCUAGUAGGUGUAUUAAACUCACCACCAGAUGUGGUUAAAACUAGGAUGCAAGAUCAAAACGUAGGAUACAAGAACAGUUGGGAAUGCGUAAAGAUGAUGUUGAAAAAGGAAGGCAUAAGAUCAUUCUUUAAAGGAGCCACGUUGAGAUGCGUUAGAAUCGCGCCUGGAGGAGCCAUACAAUUUUCUACUUAUGAAUAUUUGGACAAGACGAUCAAGGAAUAUAUUAAAGUGUAG